AUCACUUUACUCUGCGCUCACUGCGCAUACAGUACUCGGUGUUCACUGUUCGUUGUCGUUGGAAGAAAAACACUUUUUCGAAAGCAUCAAGUUUGCCUUGUAUUUAUGUGUUCAAAUGUGAAAAAAAUUAUUAAAAAAUCUUCUAUUGGACUUUUAAUUAAAAAUUUCGUUUCACUUCAGUUUGUUUCGUUCACAAAAAUUUUCUCUCAAAACAAAAAAUAAAACAACUUGAUUUGGAAAUUGCAAAAACCCCGAUUAAAUAAAAUUCGUGAAAGCCAAGAACCGAUUUCGCAGCCGAAUUGCUAUUGCAAAGCAUAAAAAGGAAAACACAACAACAACAAAAAAUACAGCGAUAUUAUAUUUAUACGUUACCAAAAGAAAAAAUAGAACACUGCUGUCGCACAACUCAGUGAAGAGCCACGCGAGGCCAUCGAAGUAGUUAAGCAGCAAUAUCAGCAACGCCUGUCACAAAAAAUACAAUAUAGUAGUGGACCGCCGAUAUACAAAGUAUACUGAAGCAUCUGCUGCUUAUAAGCCAGCCAGUGAUCGAGUAAUAAAUCUUGCUACACGCCAAUACUAAGUAAAAAGGCCAGUGAAACCAAUUACAGCUAGAAAGCAGAAGCACAAGAGACACAGUCUCAGCUCCGAUCGGAAGCUGAGAAGUAGAAUUGUUGGAGUGAGCUCUGCUGGUGGUGAGACUUUGCGAUUUGCGUCUCUCGGCCUGCAACAAAAGACAACAACUGUUUCUUGCUUUUGCAAUCACUUACAGUAUUCGCGAAUCGUUCAGCACACUUUCGCUUUUAGCAGCUACUUCAGGCAUUUGUCAUACACCGCCCCUCCCUCAAGUUAAAAAAGACCCAACAAAAAGUUGUUUGCUACUGUGCAUUUGAUUGAUUGAUAUUCGUGGCAUGAUGUUUCAGAGCGACUUUCAUAGGAAGAAAAAUUUCGCAAAUCCUAAUUUGUUCAAUAAUUCCACAACUGCGGAGAACGCUGCGCCUGUUGCUCAGCCAACACCCGCUAGUGGUCGUCCAGAUGCGAAGGAGGAAAACAAAGAGCAAGAAGAAGUGCGUACGGAACACCUCUUCAAACACCCUCUGCAAAAUACCUGGACUUUGUGGUACUUGGAAAAUGAUCGCUCGAAGUCAUGGGAAGACAUGCAAAACGAAAUCACCAGCUUCGAUACAGUUGAAGACUUUUGGAGUCUCUACAAUCACAUCAAACCUCCAUCUGAUAUCAAAAUAGGCAGCGAUUACUCUUUAUUUAAGAAAGGCAUCAGACCAAUGUGGGAGGAUGCGGGCAACAAACAAGGUGGCCGCUGGGUUAUUACACUGAAUAAGAGUUCUAAGGCAGAUUUGGAUAAUUUGUGGCUUGAUGUUUUGCUUUGCUUAAUUGGUGAAGCGUUUGACCAUUCAGAUGAGAUUUGCGGCGCUGUUGUAAACAUACGUGGCAAGAAUAAUAAAAUUUCUAUUUGGACAGCUAAUGGCAAUAACGAAGAAGCUGCAUUGGAAAUUGGGAAUAAACUGAGAGAAGCCUUGCGUUUGGGCCGUCAAAAUUUGCAAUAUCAGCUACAUAAGGACACAAUGGUUAAACAGGGUUCGAGUGUAAAAUCAAUUUAUACUCUCUAAAAA